CCCCGGGUCAGCGUUCCGGACACGUGUGAUUCCCUGCGUGGCAUCGCUCCGGUCCUUCCCGCACCAUGUCAGGAAGCUACACUCCCACCCCUGGGGGGCCCUUCUCAGCUCUAACCCCCAGCAUGUGGCCCCAGGACCUGCUGGCCAAAUACUACCAGAAGGACUCUCCUGACGAGCCGGAACCCCAGUACGAUGAGUUCGGCUUCCGGAUGGACAGCGAAGACGGCGUGGAGCUCCAGGAGGGGGGCGUGCGGGAGGGCGCCCCCCAGCGGGAGGACCCCCAGCAGAGGCUGCGCUGGCAGGCGCACCUGGAGUUCACACACAACCACACGGUGGGGGACCUGACCUGGGACCUCAUCUCCCCCAGCCUGGCCCGAUCGGACCGGCUCCGGGCUCUGGUGCUGGCCGGGAUCCCACACAGCAUGAGGCCGCAGCUGUGGAUGCGUUUGUCAGGUGCUCUGCAGAAGAAGCGUGGCUCAGAGAUCUCCUACAGAGAGAUUAUUAAGAACAGCUCCAACGACGACACCACUGCUGCCAAACAGAUAGAGAAGGACUUGUUGCGCACCAUGCCCACUAACGCGUGCUUCAGCUCCCUCCUGAGUGUGGGUGUUCCCCGGCUGCGCCGUGUCCUGAGGGGCCUGGCCUGGCUCUACCCCGACAUCGGGUACUGCCAGGGCACGGGCAUGGUGGUGUCGUGCCUGCUGUUGUUUCUGGAGGAGGAGGACGCUCUGUGGAUGAUGUGUGCCCUGAUCGAGGACCUCCUGCCCCCCUCGUACUUCUCCUCCACGCUGCUGGGCGUGCAGACGGACCAGCGCGUGCUGAGGCAGCUCAUCGUGCAGUUCCUGCCCCGUCUGGACCGGCUGCUGCAGGACCACGACAUCGAGCUCUCUCUCAUCACGCUGCACUGGUUCCUGACCUCGUUCGCCAGCGUGGUGGAUAUCCGUGUGCUGCUGCGCGUCUGGGACCUGCUGUUCUACCAGGGCUCCGUCGUGCUCUUCCAGGUCACCCUGGGCAUGCUCAAAAUCAAGGAGGAGGAGCUGGUGUCGUCGGAGAACUCGGCCUCCAUCUUCAACACGCUGUCGGACCUGCCCAGCCAGCUGCAGGACGGGGCGCAGGUCCUGGGGGAGGCCGUGCGUCUGGCAGGCUCCCUGUCCCAGGACACCCUGGAGGCCCAGCGACACAAACACCUGGCCUACAUCCUGGCAGAGCAGGCCCAGCUCAACUCCAACAGCCCCCACACCCUCACCUCCAACCUCAACAAGGUUGUGCGCAGGCAGUCUCUGCGCAGGAAGUCCACUCUGAGCGCCCUGCUGUUUGGGGAGGACGAGGCCGAGGUGCUGAAGGCCAAGAACAUCAAACAGACGGAGCUGGUGGCAGCGCUGAGGGAGGCCAUCACCCGCACCGCAGAGCACUUCCACUGCCUGGACCCCCGCAACUGCAGCUCUGACCUGACUCCGGACUAUUCCAUGGAAAGCCACCAGCGGGAUCACGAGAAUUUUGUGGUGGUGUCGCGUAACCGGCGGCGACGGGCCAAGGCCCUGCUGGACUUCGAGCGCCAUGACGACGACGAGCUGGGGUUCCGCAAGAACGACAUCAUCACGAUCAUCUCUCAGAAGGAUGAGCACUGCUGGGUGGGGGAGCUGAACGGUCUGAGAGGCUGGUUUCCUGCAAAGUUUGUGGAGAUCCUUGACGAACGGAGCAAAGAGUACUCUCUGGCGGGGGAUGACUCUGUGACGGAGGCGGUGACAGACCUGGUGAGGGGGGCUCUGUGUCCUGCGCUGAAGGCCAUCUUCCAGCACGGCCUGAAGAAGCCCUCCAUCCUGGGGGGGCCCUGCCAUCCCUGGCUCUUCAUCGAGGAGGCAGCCAGCAGGGAGGUGGAGAGGGACUUUAACUCUGUGUACUCCAGACUGGUGCUGUGUAAGACCUACAGGCUGGACGAGGAUGGGAAGGUCCUGACUCCCGAGGAGCUGCUCUACAGAGCGGUGCAGUCUGUCAACAUGAGCCACGACUCGGCACACGCCCAGAUGGACGUCAAGUUCCGCUCACUGGUGUGUGUGGGCCUGAAUGAGCAGGUGCUGCACCUGUGGUUGGAGGUGCUGUGCUCCAGCAUGGGGUCGGUGGAGAAGUGGUACCAGCCCUGGUCCUUCCUGCGCAGCCCCGGCUGGGUGCAGAUCAAGUGUGAGCUGAGGGUGCUGUCCAAAUUUGCCUUCAGCCUGUCCCAGGACUGCGAGCUGCCCGCUAAGAGAGAGGAGAAGGAGCAGAGGCCUCUGAAGGAGGGGGUUCAGGACAUGCUGGUCAAACACCACCUCUUCAGCUGGGACAUCGACGGAUAGAGCUCACACACACACACACACACACACACACACGGACACACCCCAUACACACACCACACACACACACACACACACAUACAGACACACCCCAUACACACAUAAAUACACACACCCCACACACACACACACACACACACAUACAGACACACCCCAUACAAACACAAACACAUAUACACACAUAUACACAUGCACCCACCCACACACAUGCAGACACAUGCGGAUGUGCACAAACACACCCAUCUAGACAUGAAGACACACACCCACACACACACACCCACACGCACGUGCGCUCACACAGACACACGCACACACGUGCGCUCACACACACACACACACACACACACACACACACACACAAAAGACCUGACAUGCCCACACUAUCACUUCCAUGCAGAUACAGACGCGUCAGUCACACAUAAAAUUGGUCGCUCAUGGAAACGACACCCUAACCUACACUGUACAAAGAACACCCCAGUGCAAGCGCAGCGCCCAGCCUCGAGACGCUGCGAGUCUGCGUGAGCCACACUGAGACGGAGGAGAGACACCCCUGCGCCAGGACGGAGAGGCUGAAGGACCCUGUCCACAGCAAAACCACAGUGCAAAGAUGUUCUGCAGGAUGGGAAGGUGGACAGACACUGCGCACAGGCACAAAAUGGCGGACAGACACUGCUCACAGACACAAAAUGGCGGACAGACACUGCUCACAGGCACAAAAUGGCGGACGGACACUGCUCACAGGCACAAAAUGGCCACCGAAUGAGAGGACUGCCUCGUCAUGGAUGACCCUGCAGUGAACUCCAGUCCAGUCAUUUCUCAGACCGUUCCGUAUGUUCUCUUUUCUUUUUAAGUGUUUUUCUUUUCCCGGCGUCUCUCACGUCUGCGCUGCUCGACACGAGGCGAGAACAGGAAGGUGAAACGGUCGUGUCGGCUGCUGUCACGAUAAACACGCCGUGUGAAAAGCCCCCGUGCAGCAGGGAUUCGCUGCAGUUCUCUGUGGAAUCGUCGUCAUUAUUAUUUCACGAAGUAUUGUGUACGCUCCAGUUUCCUCAAACAGGAACGUCGUGGCCGCAGGUUCGUUUAGCAGCCGGUCCUCCAGGUCAGCUGACCUCCAUUACGCUCACAGCUGCUUAUCCCAUCAUGCUCCUGGGCAGGAGAGGGGCCUGGGGCUCGUGAUGUCAUCACACAGCGUGUAUUUCACCUGUCUGGAGUGUUGCUGCUCAUACAGGUGAUCAGCACAGCAUUGUGUGUCAUUCAGGUGAUGUUCAGUCACCAGUCAGCACAGCAUUGUGGGCUUGCGAUGGCUGCCCUUGCAUACUCUAGGUAACGGCCCAAAGUGCUUUGGUGUUUUUUCACGGCAGACGUGUACGUUUUGAUCUUCAGCUCCCUGGUGAUGGGAAUGUACCCCGUCUCUCCAUGUACGUUCAGACCGGCAGGGUGAGAAUGUUCCAGAAGUGUCCGUCUGCAGGACUGGUUGGGAGGUGCUUGUUUUUGCGUGUGGAACGGCCUUCUCAGGGUGGAGAGGAGGGAUUCAAACUGUCGUCAUUCAAACUGUGUUGCACUUGAGAGAAGAGAAAGAAGAAAAAAAAAAAAAAAAAAAGUUAAAGAAUCAUCGCCGUCCACUGUCAACUGACGUUACGCUGGAGCUGCUUCGUGUUAAACUGAGACUGGACUUAUUUACACGCGUAUAUGAACUGUGAUAUACCGUACGGUGGAAAUGUUGAAUUGUGUCACCGAGAUUUCGGGAAGAUGCUGAUUGGGUGAAGCACUCCAGUCGGAUCUGACGGUGGACUGUCACUGCUCUUCCCCCCCCUCCCCCCCCCCCCAUGAUGCGUCAGCA